UCCGUUGACGUCGCCUGAAAGCGUUUGACGUCAGCACAACAACAAGCUGUCAUGACAGCUUGAAGACAGACAUCUCCGGGAUAAUAUUUUCCAUGAGCACUCAUAAAGCCGCGUCCACCUGAAUGUAAGAGUCACCCUGAAAAGUCUGCGUGCGAUCCAGGACGAGCAGGACAUUCCGAGACCUGUCACCUAGCCAGCCGGAGAGACGGGGAACAGGAUUGGGAAGCAGGGCGAGGCGGGCCCCGCGGAGCCGGUGGAGAAGAUGGCCGGCAGCCCCGAGAAGAGCUCCACGGCGCAGGAGCUGAAGGAGCAGGGGAACCGGCUGUUCCUCUGCCGCAAGUACCAGGAGGCUGCUUCAUGCUACAGCAAAGCUAUUAACCGUAACCCAUCGGUGGCGGUGUACUACACCAACAGGGCGCUCUGCCACGUGAAGCUGCAGCAGUAUGACAAGGCUCUGGCAGACUGUAAGCACGCGCUGGAGCUGGACAGUCAGUCCGUUAAGGCCCACUUUUUCCUGGGCCAGUGCCACCUGGAGCUGGAGAACUACGACGAGGCUAUUGGCAACCUACAGAAAGCGUAUAACCUGGCAAAAGAGCAAAGGCUGAAUUUCGGAGAUGACAUCCCGAGUGCGUUGCGCAUUGCCAAGAAGAAACGUUGGAACAGCAUCGAGGAGAAGCGCAUCAACCAGGAGAACGAGCUGCAUGCCUACCUGACGAAGCUCAUACUGGCUGAGAAGGAGCGAGAACUUGAGGAAUACAAAGAGAAACAGGAUGACAAUCAGAACGGAGGUGACGCAGGAAAGAUCGCAUCUAAACACGACAAGUAUCUGAUGGAGAUGGAAGAGCUCUUCUCUCAAGUAGACGAGAAGAGAAAAAAGCGAGAGAUCCCAGAUUACCUCUGUGGAAAAAUCAGUUUUGAGCUGAUGCGGGAGCCGUGCAUCACACCCAGCGGCAUCACCUACGACCGCAAGGACAUCGAGGAGCAUUUGCAGCGGGUAGGUCACUUCGACCCAGUCACCCGGAGUCCCCUGACCCAGGAUCAGCUGAUCCCCAACCUGGCCAUGAAGGAAGUGAUUGACGCCUUCAUCCAGGAGAACGGCUGGGUGGAGGACUACUGAAGCUUGUUUCCCCGUCCAGUACAACGCACAGCGCCUGGACAAGACUGUAGAGGACAGAUCACUCCUUGUUGCGUGGAUACGUACCUUCAUAGACGCAGGAGAAGCCACGCUGUGGACUACCAGGCGGGAGCGACGCGCCUCGGCCUGCCUCUUUUUUUCUGCAGUGAAACCUCUGAGGCUCGGUGUUAAUGGCCUGCUGCUCCCUUUAAGACCCCCCCUUCACGUUAAUAUUCUAGCCUCUCUCUUCCUCCUUCUCUCUGUCACGCUGUUUCGGGUCUUUCUGUGCUCACAUAGGGACCAUGCUCUCAGGUCUCUCUCUUUCUCUUUCUCUCUGAGCCACAGUUUUCUGAAAGCAUCACAAUCCAGUGUUUCGUCCGUAUAAAGACGGAAGAAAGACGUUUUUUUGUGUCGGGAUCCACGAAGACAACACAGACCUUUCAUUUGACGUUUAAUCCUAGUAUAUUUUUCUCACUUUUCAUCAAAAAAACGGACCAUCUGACCAGCUGUCAACGUAUACAUUUUUUGAAAUUUGUCACUGAAAUGCCAAAAAAAAAGAAAAAAAGAAGCUGUUGUCGUCGAGGUUUUGAUGCCACAGGAGUUUUACAUGAUUCACGAAAGGAAAAGGGAGCAAGCACCCCUUUCUUCCUGCUGGUGGCGCCCCGUCACUGCUGUAGUACGGUAGAUCUCUUUCUGUGCAUAUCAAUCACGCCCUGAUGCAGACAAUUGAGAUAAGUUGAAUGUAUGGAUAAUAUAUUUCUGUAGCUUAAGGUUCAACCCUCAUUAUUUCAAGAAAUGUUUUUUUUUUUUUAAAUCAGAACGGUUUAAGGCUUCGGGAAAAGCCUUGAGCUGGGAACAGAAAAUAAAUUGCUGCAUUUUAAAAAGAAAAAGACCGUUUUCACGUUGCUGGAUAUGAACACUUAAACUUGAGAGACUGUAUUGGCUGUUGCAGAAAUGCGCCUUUUUGACGAACGGUCUGCGCCGUCUGAACCGUCCACAGCGGGCGUUGUUUCUGGACGGUAACGUGCCGCUGCGCUGCUCAGAGCCACAGCGGAUGCUCGCAUCAAGCAUGAAGCGCGUUUUCUUCUCCUCUCCACAUGCCUGCAGGUUGGAUGGUCGCAGAAUUUAAACAAAUCUUUCCACUUUGGCAGGGAGACGAGGUUCAGUUGCGUCACUGCCGUUCACAGACACGCCGGAAGAGUUACGACCAUCCUUAUCCAUACCUCAGUCCAAGUGUUUGCGUGCUGGAUUCCCAGCGUUUCCUGUAAUAAAAGGAGUUUUCAAUCCAGUGCUCAGUAGUUUACAGCUGAAUGUGUCUGUGGUGAGUUAGGCCUGUUGGUCGGUCGCUCUUUGUGCUGGGGUGCAGGCUUUUUGUACAUAAUUUCCUGGUGUUAAUCAGAUUUUAUUUCUUGACAAGUUUAGGGUUCUUUUUUUUUUUUUUUUUUUUUGUCUGGAGAAAUCCUAGAGCUUAAUAAACUGUAUUAAAUGUAGAUAUGUUGAUAACAUGAAUGCCUUGUUCUGUUUUCAUUUGAUCUCCAUUAAAUCAUUACCGUGGA